AAGAGAAUGUCUUCUUUCAAUGAUACCCAGUUCCAUCCCCCCUUCUUUCUCCUGCUAGGAAUAUCAGGACUAGAAACUGUGCGUAUAUGGAUUGCUUUCCCAUUCUGUAUUGUGUAUCUGAUCGCCCUAGUGGGGAACAUCACCAUUUUCUUUGUGAUCAAGACUGAACAUAGUCUCUACCAGCCCAUGUUCUACUUCCUGGCCAUGUUGUCUAUGAUUGACCUGGGUCUCUCCACAUCUACCAUCCCCAAAAUGCUGGCCAUCUUCUGGUUCAACCUCCAAGAAAUCAGCUUUGGGAGUUGCCUAGCUCAGAUGUUCUUUAUACACAUGUUUACAGGCAUGGAGACAGUUCUACUGGUGGCCAUGGCUUAUGACCACUUUGUUGCCAUCUGCAACCCUCUCCAGUACACAAUGAUCCUCACCAAUAAAACAAUCAGCAUCCUACUCUCUGUCGUUGUUGGAAGAAAUUUACUCCUUGUGACUCUGUUUGUGUUUCUCAUUCUGAGGCUGCCCUUCUGUGGACAUUACAUCAUCCCUCACACAUACUGGAUCAACAUUAUCUAUGGGCUAAUGGUGAUUUCUAAUAUCAUUGUAGAUGUGAUCCUGAUUGCCUCUUCUUGUGUGCUUAUCCUUCAAGCUGUUUUCCGCCUUCCCUCUCAGGAAGCCCAACUAAAGGCUCUCAAUACCUGUGGUUCACAAGUCUGUGUCAUGCUGUGCUUAAACACACCAGCAUUUUUUUCUUUUAUGACACACCGCUUUGGUCAAAACAUUCCACAUUAUAUCCACAUUCUUUUGGCUAAUGUAUACGUGGUUGUCCCACCUGCUCUUAAUCUGGUCAUUUAUGGAAUCAGGACCAAGCAAAUCCAAGGGCGGGUUGUAAAGAUAUUUGUACAGAAAUAA